AUGUCUACGGAAGUGCCGAUGUACUGUUGCGCUCUGCUCGGGGCUCCCGAAUCGGGCAAGACGAGCUUUGCCAAGCGCCACCUAACGGGCGAGUUUGUCAAGAGCUACAGUGCCAAUAAGAUAUAUCAGACUUAUUUGCUGGAAUUCCACACAAGUCAGGGGGAUAUACGCUACACUCUUUGGAAUUCCAAUCAAAUCGAUGAUUUCGACUGUCUGCAUAUACAGUGCGCCAUCAUUAUGACGGAUUUCAGCUGUACCCGUACAUUCCAGCGUGUGCCCGUACUGCAAACAGCUAUACAUAUACGCUAUGGCAACAUUCCAGUCGCCCUGUGCGCAAAUAAAAUGGAUCUGGCCCGGAGUAACGGAAUAGCAUAUCGCCUGAUCCCGGAUCAACCGAAACAGUUUGAAUAUUUUGAAAUGUCCGUGAAGAAGAAUGUGAACUGUGAGCAGCCCUUUCUAUGGCUGAGUCGUCGGCUGCUCGGAAAUGAUCAAUUGGAGUUCGUUGCCAAGCCGGCCGUCCAGCCCCCCGACAUACCCCCGGCACACUGGAAGGCGGCCUUCAAGGGCCUCGCGUUGAACCAGUUGCCGCCCAUUGGGGAUGACGAAUGGUAG